AUGCAAUUCGCCGUUUUGACCUACAUCUCGGGUGGUUCUUCUGUCCUUUUCACUUUGAUCGCUACGGUCCUCAAUGGCCUCUGUUAUGCUUCCAAAUAUUCAGCCCCCAACAGCCAACCCGCCGACUUUGCCUUUGUCAGUCUGAGCGCCGUGAGCUGCGUUGGCUUGGUAGCUCUGAUGCUGCUCUUGAGAAAGGAUAUCCUGACUGGCCCAAGACAAUGGGAAACUUGGAAAAUAGGAUUCUACUGCGCCAUCGCUUCAUAUCUUCUGAUAACGGCAACGAUUGCCGCGGGGGCAACGGCGUGGAGUGAUUCGCAGCUUAUGAGGAAGACAAAAGCCGAUUCGUUGAGAGAAGAGUCCUUGUUCGUUGCCCGUUCUGUCAUCUGGGCCAUGUCCAUCUUCAAGCAAGGAUUGUUUUGUGGCAUACUCCUUCUCUCCUUUGCCUUCAAUACAGAGGAGCAAUGCAGACGGUGGCCGCGGCCGGAAUCUAAGGACGCCGAAAUGACGUUAAACGGUAGCAAUCGAGGAUCGUAUCCCGUACUGUCAUCCCAUCGUGAUUCGCAGCCCGUCCGGCCCAUGACCAGUUCUGGCAAGAUCAUCUCAUUUCAUUCCGCGGCAUCAAACACAUCCUCGGAAAUUUCAAACAGCUUCUCGGGGCUCACGCUUUUCCAGCAGGACGGUGAUCACAGCUCGACCAGGCCGAAUACAUCUUCGCGUCGCUAUUCGGAGCCACAGACAGGACCGCGGGCUGUAUCCGAUGACGGCACCGGGAUGCGGAAUGCACCGAGAAGCCGUCAAUGGAUCAAUGGCUCCCUCGAUAACUUGAUCAUGCAAUCCCUACCAGAGGCUUCAACGUCAAACACAACGCCGUCGGAACAAGCCUCCCGGCCGGGGACAUCCAGGGAAGAAGAUAUCCAUCCGCUGUUUCGGCCCAGCAGCCCAUCGCCUCCCCCAACGCCGACCUUUGGCACCAUCGUGACAGCGUCGCCAGUGGCAGGCCAGACGAUCACGGCGGAGACGUUGCAGAAAUUACGAUCCUCCAACCAGUUUUCGUUUAGCAACCUGCCCUGUGAAUUUUCGGCCUUGGAUCAAACAAAAUCUCCGGAGGGGACCGAGGAGCAACAGAAUGCGCAGCAAGUGAACGAGAGCAUCGAAUCCUCCGUACCUCGUUUUAUACUUCAAGCUAAUGUACGUGAAAGCCAUAUCCGAUAUGAAAAGAAAUACGUCAUCGCAGCAAUGCGGCAUACGGACGAGCCAGAUGUUAAUGUGGGAUCUGUUCUGGACGAGACUUCUGGAAAGCGAGGAUGGGUCCUGAUUGAGGUGAUUCACUUGAUUCAUGCUUUUAUUCUGGCUACAGCACAUAUGAAUCAGAAUAGGAUUGUUCAUGCAAUGCCUGGCAUCAAGCGAAAACUGCCAGCGACUAGGGAACACCCUGCCAGACGGGAUGUUCCUAUGUCCGAGGAUAACGCAUCAGAUCGUCGGACAAGUAGAAGCGGCCGUGACACUAGAAGUGCUCGCGUGAACCGCAAUUGGAAUGGAGAGUUGUCUUCUCCUGCUCCUGCUGCUGCUGCUGAGGCCCCUGUUCGCCGUUCACGUAUUGUGACCCUCAGUACUCGCGGCGCCCGUGGCCGUGAAACUCGUAAUUCCAAGGGACGAGUCUUGGAUUUAUCUACUCGUAAUAGGCCCACGACUCUUGUGUCACCUCAGGAGCCAGAAACUCCGCGCUCCAAGCGUGCUAAAAAGGACUGGCCUGCCACCGAAACCCCGAGGACUACCAGACAGUCUGCCAGACUAAGGGCUCAUGCAGAUCCGUCUUCCCAUGAAUACGGUGACCUUAACGGAAAGACAGAGGAAGACGAUCUCCAAGUGAGCCCUUCAAUUACUGCUCUUUCUAACAACAGGGCGCAAAACAAAUAUAUACGGAGCUUCGAUGGCGUCAACGACCCCCCUGAUUCGGCCGACGAUAAACUUACGUCUACAUCUCCUGGUCAAUCGGGCCCUUCCCCGGCGGGUAAGACUCGAAAUGCAAGCGCAGCCUCUAAGCCAGGGGAGGACGCAUCAAAAGAUGACGUUCCCGGCGAAACCAAUGAUAUGAAGCGUGAGCUGUAUCCAAUUGAGGGACUUUCCAAGGUUCUCGGCUCUUCUACUCGAACCGAAGCCGAUGAUGCCAGUGAUGCCGUUGACAAAAAACAUAAUGUCGAAAAUGAAGAACUUGAUCGUUCCUUGGAAGAACAAUUGCAGAAAGGCCCCGUUCAGGAAUCCGAGGAACUAUCUACUAGCGGCACUUCUGCAGACCACAACGCUCAAGCUGGCUCUCAUCGGGAGACGGGGCAAAUCACUGUAUCUACUCCUGCAAACGAUUCUGAAACCGCAUCCGCCGCCCCGUUGCAGGGCGGGAGAGGAGGCCGAGCGGCUGGGACACGCGGUGGUCGCUGUGGCCGGUCAAGAGGUCGUGGAGGACGUGCAGCGCGAGGACGUGGGGCUCGUACUCGCAGCAGUGCUAAACAUCAAGAUGAAAACUCCAGCGAUUUCGAAGUCGAGAUUGACCGUCGAUCUCCACCACCAACCGAAAUGACCCAGAAACUUCGGGAGCGGCAACGGGAACUGGAUAGAGCUUUUAGGAGGGUAGCACUGGCCCAGCGUCUGGCGUUAAGCAUCCUUGCGGCACAGUCUCACGAACGCCUUGCCAGGGAUAAGCACGCUCAUGAGAAGGUACCUGAGUGGGAAGCGAUCCAAGAGGCUCUGCAAGAACGUCUAGAGAAACAACGGGAGGUUUAUCGUGCCCAUUAUAGGUACAGGGUUGAGCAAGAAAACAGAUUGUAUGCUGCAGCCAAGGAGAAAAUUGAGCAGCAGUUCAAGGCAUCCGUUUGCCACAUCAAGGAGGAGCAUCUCAAAGCAUCCCAGGGAGCAUAUAUGGCUUUUGUUGAAGGUGUUCGAGUAGCGGAGGAUGAAGAACAUACCGAGACUGACCGCUCAGAUAACGAGUUCGAUGGUGAACCACUCUUCCCCGAACCCAGGGAGUUCAUUCGAGGAUUCAAUUCUUCACAUGUGAGAGACCCACAGGGAGCUGCUCUGUAUGAGCGUGCCGACACAGGCUGGGACGACUUCGUCCAACGUGCGAAAGUCGGUGGUGAGGUCAAGGGGAUAAGUGACAGCGCCCCGUUUGCCGGAUUGAGUGCGCCAGAGCUCAUCGCCAUGUUGGUCGCGGCUACGGGAACCGUCGAGCUUGGUACGAAUGGAGAGAACCAGCCUCAGCAAGAACAGCCAAGGGUUGAUGACGCCGCGCGUCCUGAUGCUCUGCUUGCACUGGCGGAUGCAGCGACUAUCCAGCCACUCCCUUCUGGGAAUGGAAUGACAGCACCUCCUCCUCAACCCCCAACGCCCCAUCAAACCCUUUAUCCCAAGCCACAGACAACUGAGCCUCGACCCUUCCCAUUGCUACAUCCGUCUUCUCCUCAAAAGCAACAUCCGCGCCGUCUUCUCCCAGCUGGCCGGCAGCAAAUCCCUCCGAUUAACCAACAGCUUAGCCUCCCUGACCCCUUUGAGUCAAUCGGUGGUCGUCCCCAUCUCCCCCCACCAUCUGGAUCUAACUUCCACCAGCCUCUGUUACCAGGAUAUUUCCCAACACCAAACCAUCCCCAGCAACUUUACUAUCCGCCUCAGGGACCAGGGCCGCGUCGUCCCUAUUGA